ACUCGUUUCCUCAAUUUGCGAGUUAACUGAUGUAAUCUGUGUCGCAAGUUGUGCUGUCCGAACUAAAUAACAGAAGAAAAAUUGCUGCCUCUUGUGAGAGCUGCAUGCGGCUGUUUUUUUGCUGGAAAAAACCGUCAUUAAUGAGCCCCAUGAAAAGCAGUUGGUGGUUAACAGUGUGGAUUUGCUGUUUGCAUGGUAGGAAAUGAGUAACCGUAAAUAUUGUUGGCAAGUAACAUUACCACUCUGUAAACAAAGCGAUUUAAUAGCCCCCUAUUUUCGAAAGAGUUGCAAACAAAUAUUUAUUACCGAGCGAUAAACAUUUUUUGAUCCUUUUUGGUAAUUCGUUAAUCUAUGUUUGAAUAUCGUCUUGUCUCUUUACGGUUGACAAACUUCUACUUGGUUGAAAGAGUUGUCAACUGCAGGUGGGCAACAGGAAUGGUCCCGUCGAGCUUGAAAAGGCAAACAAGUAUACCGGAUAAUAAGUCAGUGACACUGAAUCACCUAUAGAAAUUAAUUUAAUAUGGGAGAUUCGCUGGCUUAAAGGUUUUCUAUCUUGAUUCUGGAUUGGAUCGAAUGAUCUGAAUGAGGAGAAGUCAUACUCGGUGAACUUCCGGUUAAAACUUAAAUCGCCCGAUUGAAUCAAAAAUUUUGUGAAAAAACCUAGCGAAAUGCUCAGUAUGAACUUGGCCGCGAAAGGCUAGCAUCCUAUGUAAUGGGCUGUGGGGUGUGAUGGGGUUGACAUAUCUACGGUCUGUUUAAACUCUGCAGAAACAGGGAUGCCCUCUUAACCCUUUCACUCGCAAGAUCUAAUUAGUAAUUCUCCUUAUUAUCUGCCAUACAAUUCUUAUGAUGUUAGUUUAGAGAAUUUGGUAGUGGAUCAACCAAUGAUCCCAUAAUUGAUAUUCUUCUCCAUUCUCAUCACCUACCUGCUUGAUAUUGUAUGGAUAUUGUAAGGAGAAAUUCUGUCUUGGUCACUUGAGGGAGUGAAAGGGCCGCUGAAAGCUUUUAUCAAAAAGACUUCAUUUAUUAUCCUAUAGGAAGGGCAAGGGGAACUUCAGUCUCUUGCUACAUCUUUAGGUGGUCUCGAAUACAACUUUUCAUGGUUAAUGUUAUUGUUGUUUUUUUGAUCCUCUCCCAGUUGUCCAUGGAGCUCCAAAUCCUGACUCGCUGAAGACCGCAGAGCCACCAAGCGCUAUGAAAGUGGUAAGGAGAUGUUUAAUCUUCUCUAAAAAGUCUUCCGUUUGCAAAAAAGAAAUUUUAGGUAACAAUUUUUCACUAAUUUCCAGAGAGAUCAUUUUUGCAUUGCUUUUCGAUGAAUUCUUCCAGACUCGCCAUCCAUGAUUUCUUCCAGACUACAUGUAUUCGUUGUUUUUAAAAGAGGCCUUGCAACACUAAAGAAUCAUUUGGUGCAACUUCCUCCAGCAUGAGUUUCUUUUUACCCCAAGGUUUUCAACCGACCGUUAACGAAGGAUAGGCGCAUUGCUGCGAAGCUUACACAAGUGUUUAAUUAAAUGUUGACGUGGUGUAACGUGUAAGAAAGGCAAACUAAACACCUCAAAGAUCGCUUGCACAUACAGUAUUUGGAUCAAUAUCAGUAUCUGAGCAACUGCCCACCUACCCCUCCCCGAACCCAACAUUAACCCUUACUUGUUAUCAAUUGACUCUUGUUGAGUUAAGGGAGGGGUAGGUGGGCAAGUGGGCUGAUAUUGAUCCCAGUAUUUUUGAUAACUUUGACAUUUUAACCCUUUACAUCCUAACAUCAGUAUGCAUAUUCUCCAUGAUGUUCUCUAUGCAUUUCCUAAGGCACUGACAAGGAGAAUUUGUUUAACGAUCAAGAACGUCCUUAGUUUGUAUCGUUUUCAUUAUUCUCGUGACCUUAAUGUGCGAUUCAGGGAUGAUACAGCAAGGAGAAUUUAGAUGCUUAUCUUAGGGUGUAAAGGGUUCGUUUACGGUAAUUUCAUCUCUCUUCCUAUACAGGAAAACACAAUUGUAUGCGAAGGACAAAAAGCAUACGUUCAAUGCCCAAGCCCUUUCGAUGAAUUAGCAAUUGUGGGGACAAUGUACGGUCGCAAGAACUCAAAAAUCUGUGUGCAUCCAAGUAUCCCUUCCAGUGUGCCAUGCCAGGAACAAGAAACGCAGGUUAAGGCUCAGAUUGUCGGUCUCUGCGAAGGGGAACAUGCUUGUGAAGUGGCAGCUAAUAACGAUUUCCUGGCUAAGGCUGGAACUACAAUCUGCCCUGAUGUGUACAAAUACUUGGAAAUAAAAUACAGGUGAUCUUUUUUUUCCUGCCUGUUUUCUUUUUUCCUAAAUGCACAGUAGGAUCUGAUCCUACAGUUUUUAAGUUUAGCUGUACUUUUUCUUCUGACAUCUAUAUUAAGAAAUCUAAAACAGUUAUGUGUCUUCAAAGAAUUAUGGUUAGAAGUGAGAUCUUCAGCUUUUUCAUGGAAGGAGGGUGUCUAUAGACUUAAAAUAGAUUCUUCGUGAUUCGUCUGAAAGAAUAGAAAUGUGGCGCACACUUCUAGCGGAAGGUUUUGGAAUAAUCUCGCCAACCAAAUAAUGGAUACACGGAGGCCUACAGCGUACCAUAUCAUGACAAAUGUAAAAUGUUUUCUUUUAUAGGUGCACACCACGAACAUAUUAUCCAAAUGUAGACAGCGCCUCAGAAAACAGCCAAUCAGUCAACGAGGUGAUAAGUGGUGGUAUGGGAGGCGUAACUUCGUCUACCUCUGUUUCCACGGUAACGUCUUCUUCUUCGUCGUCGUCGUCGUCUUCUUCAUCUUCAGUACCAGAAAUUACUGUUCAAGAGCACGAAGACAGUCAACCAGUCACUACUGCCACGUCACAAGCGUCGGUUACUCCAAUUGAUACACAUAAUACCCCAGAAGUCGGAAGUGACAUCACUGAAGAAUUUACUCAACCCCAGGCCACAACUGACGUCAUCACUGAGACGUUCCCGGCCAACACCGCGUCGUCACAAACAGCGGAAGUCAAUGAGACGUACAAAAAAUCAGAGACUCCUAUGCGACCAGAGGAAUCUGGAGAAGGGCCCAGUGAUGAGCAAAGUGCUUCAGGAGAAUGGAAUGAGCUUGAAGAACAACGCGAUGUUAUUUAUGAUGCUGAGAUAAGAUGAAAGGGAGCCUCCCUCCAAACUGGUUGCUACUAAUACGUAAGACUGUUGGCGUAGCUGGGGCUGGUGAAAAAUCACUUUGCAAAGAGACUAAAUAUCUUCGAGGACAAUAUUCUUGCUAUGUUCUUUGCCACUGUUUACGUUCAAACAUAUGUGCUAUGGAUCAACGAUCACGUUUAGGAAUUGAAAAGGAAACAAACAGCUUUCCACAGCCAAUUGUUGCUAGCUUAUACUGUCAGUUAAUUAUUCGCCAAUAGUUCGAAUUCAUUCACUCCCUUCGA